CAAUGGCCAAGCAGCAAGUUUGUUGUUGUCCACCAUCCGAUCAAGCCACAACAAUUGUUUGGAGCUUCGUUUGCGGGGAAACGAAAUUUAGCACGAUGCCGAAAUAUUACUGUGAUUACUGUGACACCUACCUGACGCACGAUUCGCCCAGCGUCCGGAAGACGCACUGCACCGGCCGGAAGCACAAGGACAAUGUGAAAUUCUACUACCAGAAAUGGAUGGAGGAGCAGGCGCAGCAUUUGAUCGACGCGACGACCGCAGCGUACAAGGCGGGCAAGAUUGCCCCGAAUCCGUUCACCGCGGGACCACCGAAGCCGAACAUUUCCAUCCCACCGCCGACGAUGAACAUGCCGCCUAGGCCGGGCAUGAUACCGGGUAUGCCGGCUGGCGCACCGCCGCUGCUGAUGGGCCCGAACGGUCCGCUCCCGCCGCCGAUGAUGGGCAUGCGACCCCCGCCGAUGAUGGUACCGACGAUGGGCAUGCCACCGAUGGGUCUGGGGAUGCGGCCACCCGUCAUGAGUGCGGCACCGCCACAGCUCAACCCGAAAAGCUAAGGCUGCCGGGCAGGCAGGGUACGUCCGUCUGUUUUUCUUCAUUCAUUUCACCUCUACUCAGUAUGGAACGAUAGGGCGGUAAUCACGGAAUUACGGAAAAAUAUAUACUACUACCUAGUGUAUCGGAUAAGCUACAAGUAAAAAACAAGGUAGUCGAGGUUUAUUUGCUGUAUAUCACCUGUUUGCGCUGUAAUUUGUCGAAUGUAAGUAUCAGCCACCUAGUUCCAUGAGCAACGAACGCACCGAAAAAGAAACCUUGCCGCUUAACCGCUAAAUAUUUUAAUGCUUUAUUCUCUUAAAUUGCUUCCAUUAAAUAUGUCUCCAUUCAAUAAUGCAACAAUAAUGCUCUGAACACGUCCUCGCUCUUCGCAAUCGUUUAGUCCUAUUAGCUGCCUGUGCCACACACCAGCUGGCUGCUGCCGAAACGCAGCGGCGGCUCACACAACACCGUUCAUCAAACCAAAACAGGAAAAUAAUAAUAAAAAAAAUGCUAACCGAGCUGCAUGGGCAAUUUAGCUGUAAAUGCAUACGAAGAUAAAGCCUUAAAUGCUACUAGCCUUGAUAUGAAACUACGUCGAAUAUGUGCUCCUAGAGUAGUGCGCCACACGCGUAUUGGGGCCGCCUCAUCUUUUGCAUGAUAAUACUUUGUAUGUGUUUCUUGUCUAGUACAGCGAUCGAAUUAGUAAAGGGGUUUUGAGUCGUUUUUGAGUCCUCUUAAAUUUUAAAUAUUACCAUUAAUUGGCUUGCAUUGCUAGCGUAUUGAUUGUUUUUUUUUCUCCGUUUUUUCGUUUUUUGGCGAAUCUCCUUCGG